AUGGAGAGCUUUAAAUUUGCUUUCAUUUUGAAGUUAAUGUUAAAGUUGUUUGGUAUCACAAACGAGCUUUCAAAAAUCUUGCAAAGAAAAGAUCUUAAGAUUGUUAGUGCCAUGGAAUUAAUUAAUGUCGUCAAAGCUCAGUUGGCCACAUUGAGAGAUAGUGGUUGGGAUAAUUUAUUUGUUGAUGUACAAGAAUUUUGUGUUGCUAAAGGUAUUUUGGUGCCAAAUAUGGAUGAAGAAAUACCGGUUCGGGGUCGUUCAAGACUAGAAGGGAGGACCGUCACUAAUCUUCACCAUUACCGUGCCGAGAUUUUUUAUGUUGCUAUUGACAAAUUAUGUGUGGAGAUGGAUCAUCGCUUUAGUGAAGGAAGUAACAUUGUACUUGAUUGCUUCUCAUGUCUUGAUCCCAAGAACUCCUUCUCCAAGUUUGAUGUUGAUAAGCUUGCUCUUCUUGCUGAUAUUUAUCAUGCAGACUUUUCUGAUGAUGACCGUGGAACAAUAAGGGAAUAA